UCGAAUAAAGAUAAUUGCUAAACAGAUAGCAACGAUUAUUUAAAGUAUUAAAGCUCAUUAUAAAAUGUGCCAUAACUAUUGUAAUGCAAAACAUAAUACUACGCCAAGUGAAAUAAAGCAAAGUACUAUAAAACAAUCGUUAAUAAAUAUAAAGCACCUUAACACCGAUUGACAACCUUAAACUAAUGUUGUAAUUUGAUUCAACGUUGACAAUUUGAAUAAAGACACGCUGACACUUCUUAUUUUUAUCUAAUACACAACAACAAUUGAAUUGGCAAUUUACCUUCUUUAAGUACUGCCGCAAUAAGAAAUUCUGUAAAAGACAAAGACACAGCAUAUUAAUUCUUAAUUUAACAACACUUCGGACUGCACGAGAGACGGCAAUUAUUGUACAUGAAAAAGAAAGAUGUUCGACACAUAGUAUCGGAUUGAGAUCGAUCCCGUUCGAUUUUGGACGCUGGUCCAUCAAGUUCAAGGAAUCAUGGACAUGAGCGUAGAGGAAACUGAGCUCGACGUCGGCUCGGCGAGCGACGAGUUGGAGUCGUCGGCCGCGGAGCCAAAGCUCGCGCGACGUCCGACACCGCGACCCUUCACGAUCGAGAGUUUGAUCGGUAACGCGCGUGAAGAUCACGAUACCGGCGGUGGCGGUGGCAUAAUGCGAGACGAUCGGACAAACGAAGAGGAAGAGCACCGAGACCGGGAAUACCAGCUUUAUCAGAGGCACUACCUGGCGACCGCGGCGGCGAGCACGCUACCCUCAGGUUUCGGCGUGCCACUCGGAUUAUACAGUGCUUGGCUACCAAUGCGGAUGUACGGUGGCAGCGGUGCAUCCGGCGUCCCGAUGUUGCCGCCACAGCAUCCGUCCACCGGCUACCCAGCUCACCCGGAACUGCAUCAGAAUCGACUGUCGCAGCCCUCCAUACCGCCAUCCAGUCAUCCGCAGGGAUAUUAUGCACUGGAUGGUUGCCGUCGUGUCACGAAUCAGCGUGCACCGAGUAGCUUCACCGACAGCGAAGACGAGGACGGCAGCGUCGGUUCGCCGGCAUCACCGGCUCACGAUCUUUCUAAAUCCCGACACGGAUCUGAGAACGGUCGUGCAUCAGCCGAAAGCGACGAAGAGGGUGGCGGAGCUGCGGGUUCCGGCGAGAGUCAUGACAUUUCCGACGGCAUCGUCAGCGGUGCCAGCAAUGCCGCCCCAAGUCCUAGCAGGCCUUUAGAGAAUGGACAGAAUUCAUCAGCAUCAGGUGCCGGUGGCAACAAAGCUCGUCGGCGACGUACCGCGUUCACUUCGGAACAGCUGCUCGAGCUGGAGCGCGAAUUCCACGCCAAGAAGUACCUGAGCCUAACAGAACGCUCGCACAUAGCGCACGCAUUGAAACUGUCGGAGGUGCAGGUGAAAAUCUGGUUCCAAAAUCGACGUGCCAAAUGGAAACGAGUGAAGGCCGGACUGAGCGGUGGAGGCGUCGGCGUCGGUUCGGCGGCGGCAGCCAUGACGGCCUCCAGUGCUUCUGGACGCCACAAUGGUGCCACGGGACAACACACUUCCGGUACAAGAAUUGUGGUACCGAUACCAGUUCACGUGAGCCGUUUAGCAGUCAGAUCGCAUCAUCAUCAUCUGGAGAAGUGCGCGAGAGCACCGCGUGCGAGACCGACUUCGGGCGAGGGUGGAUCCUCGUCGGGAGCGUCGUCGUCGGUGUUGAGCGAUGCUUUGGGACUAGUAAAUACAUCAGUAAAUUUGAGCGGUCAGGUACAGCCGCCUUUGGGCGCCGGCAUGGGGGUGGAAAUCGGGGUCGGGGGUGGUCUAAGGGCCUUUGCGGUACCAGCGCAUCGAGCCGGUCUCGGAUCCUCCGGAAGGUAGUGAACGUCGCAAACGGAUAAACUUGGAUGUUUGACAGAAAAAUAUAAAAGGAACAAAUAGAGGUAGAUCGAUCACUGGUGUAAGACGCACGCGUGAUAAGAUGAAGUCGAGUUCUCAUUAAAAUUGAAUAUAAUAUCAAUCAAAAAAUUAAAAACGGCUAUGACAAAUGUGAAACAUUAUAAGAAGAUAAACAUGAACUCUUUCUUUGUCUUAUAUAACUUUUAUCUAUUGCAUUAUGUGCAUGUUGCUCGAUCAGACAAGAGCACACUGAAAUGAAUAUUUUUUUCUUUUAAAUCAAAUUAUUGUGCAUAAGCAACAAUAGUAUG